AUGGUUGCAAGGAUGAGAAGCACUCAGUAUCCUGACACAUGGAAAGAUGUUGACAGGUUAAUCUUAACGAUAGAGAGUCUGUGCAGAGAUGAACAACAUCAUGAUGGUGCAAAUGCGACCAUUGUUAUUGAUUCUGUGAAACACUUCAUUGAUAUGUCUUUGAGAUUCAAGACGAGAAAUGAUAAUGACGCUUAUGUUAGUCAUCAUAUUCAGAUAUUUGUGUGUGCAGGUGCAGCAGCAGCUCUGGUUAUGCUGUUUUUAUCACCUAUUAGAGAUAACAAAGAGUGUGCUGAAAAGGCAAUCCAACUCAUUUUAAACCCUCUUGCCGAUGAUGAAGUAAAAAUAGAAUUACGAACUCAUUUUGUUCCCAUCAUUUUAGAGUUUUGCAUAUUGCUUUUUAGUAAAACAUCUGCUGACAAUCCGCUUUAUAUUUCGUGCGGAAACACGCUUAGGAAAACCUUGGAGACUAUUCACGUUGAUAGGAGUAGAUGUUUUAAUUAUGCUCAAGGAAGAGUUGUAAUUCAGGGGUUGUCUCUGUUUGUGUCAGAGCUGGGACGUAAGGUCAUCAAGGGUUUAGAGUAUUCACCACAAUCUGCUGCAGCGUCAUUUUUAGGUGAUGUUAGUGAUUUUGUUGCAUUUUCGAAUCCCAUGUGUAACGCAAUCGAGGACGGGUUAGGCGGGAUGGAUCAUCUACCUCUUUGUUUGACUGACUUGCACUCAUGUUAUGUCAUGGAGCUCAGAACGCUUCAUCUCAUUUUCUUAGAAAUGCUUGGAAAAAUUGAUGAAUGCUUGAAGAAAAUGGAGAUUUCGGCUGGCGAAAUUAGAGGGAAAAUGGAUGAUAGUUUUCGGAGUGGGUGUGGUGGUCAAUAUCUUUCCAUAUUGAAGGCAUUGAAUAUUCUAUCUGAAAUUUAUGAAGGUGCUGAAGAAAAGGUUCAAUCUGUUCUGCGGACAAGGCAGGUUGCGCUAGACGCUCUUGUUACGAAUUCAAGCAGAAAUGAUGAUCAUCUUUGGAUUCUUGAGCAUAAGGAUUUGAUAUCUUUUGAAUGCAGGAGGCACUUAGCGAUGACGUUGUUUCCUGAGUUGAAAGAAGAUUAUACGCGUUUGUUUGAAAUGCUUAUCGACAGGGAUCAGUUAUUGGCAGAAUCAUUCAAGUAUGUAAGUAAAGCCGAUGUCAAAGAUUUGGUUGGUGGUAGACUUUUCAUGGAGUUUAAAAAUGAGAAAGCGACUGGUCACGGCGUCUUGCGGGAGUGGUUUUGCUUGGUCUGUCAAGCAAUAUGCAAUCCGCGAAACGGCCUAUUUCUGGCUUGCGCAGAAGACAACAGAAGGUGCUUUCCUAAUCCAGCAGCAUCUGAUGCCAACCCACUCCACCUUGAAUAUUUUCGCUUUGGUGGACGGGUAUUUGCAUUAUCGUUGGUGUACAAUGUGCAAAUUGGAAUCUUAUUUGAUCGCACAUUUUUCUUGCAAUUGGCCGGAGCGGCUGUUUCUCUGGAAGAUGCGCGAGAUGCUGAUCCCUUAUUCUAUUCGAGCUGCAAGAAAAUUCUGGAAAUGGAUACUGAUUUGAUAAAUUCCGAUGCUUUGAGUCUAACAUUUGUUACAGAAGUCGAAAAGCUAGGGUCUAGAAAACCCGUGGAGCUCUGCGCAGGAGGAAAUAGCAUUGCGGUGAAUAGCAAGAACCGAGAAGCGUAUGUAAAUCUCCUUAUACAACACCGUUUUGUGAAAUCGGUCACAGAUCAAGUAAAAGCGUUUUCCAGAGGUUUUUCUGAAAUGCUUUGUGAUGCAUCCCUGCUUCCUUUCUUUUUCCGGAGUUUAGAGCACGAAGAUCUUGAUCAAAUGCUGCAUGGAAGUGAUAGAGCUCUAUGCGUAGAGGACCGGAAGGCGCACACCAAGUAUAAUGGCUAUAAAUCAACUGAUAGCCAAAUCAUCUGGUUUUGGAAGGUACAUAUAUACUUCUAUAUAUUCUUCCAGUUUGCAACGAGUGCUGCAUAUUGUGUAGGUAACCGAAUUCUUUUCACUAAGCUCUGGAACAUGUUUAAUCCAAGUACUUACCGGUUAUGUCUUCCGAGUUAUAAAUCCAAGUCUAAAAUGCAGGAAUCUCUUCAAAUCAUCACACAAGAACAUUUGAGCUGCAGCUUUGGUUUACAAUGA